GCUGUCCUUGCGUGAGGGCUUCUCUCUCAAGCAUUGGGAGCCAAUAAACAGGGCCUCGCAUGAGCCGGGCGAGGAGCGCGCGGGGAGCCGAGGGCAGGUAGCGCUGGUCUCCCUAAUGGAGAGGCGGCGCUCCUUCUUCUGCAACAGGCCAUGGAGGCGUAGUAGGAGCUGGGGAAGCGGGAGAGGUGGGGCUGCGUGCGGCCGGAGGUAAGCGAAUGGCGAGUAGGGCGGCGCUGGAGCGCAGUUUGCGCGCGCCCGCACCUGCGCGAGCGCCGCCGUCAUUCCCCGGUGCUGCGUGCGCGCGCGCGUUAUCGGGAGCGGAGGGGCAAACGCGUGCACAAAAGCUCCGGGUCACGGGGAGGAAUUCGGGGAGCUGCUUGCCUGUGCCACAUUGUUUGCUUUCAAAUACCGCCGUGCUUUUUUUCUUUAAAAAAUGUUUAGGGGUACUCUCAUUUUCCUACUCAUAUUGAAAUACUGCCCCUCAGUGAGGCCAAACUUAGAUUUACAAAAUGUUUAGAGGUGUGUGUACCCCUGCGUCCCCCCGGAAAAAGCACUGCAAAAAUACCUCAGCAUCUUCUUGCUUGCACAGAGCGCGCGGCCGUUCGUUCGUUUGCACGGCAGCCGAGGCCGAGCCACUUUGCAGUACUGUAUAAACUAGGCUGCAGGCGACAAGAUGCUUGGGGGGGGGGAAUAAAAUAAAACUUCACCUCCGCCCCACUUACAACUGGCUGGAGGGGAGGGGAAAACAAAUAGGCACAAGUUUCGGACAAUCUGACGCGCAGGGAGUGACUUGCAAGGUUGCUGCAGGUGAACGAGUACCGCUCUGCAGUUUGAUGACCUGUGGCUCAAAAAGGCAGGCAUUUGAGGUGUUUCGAGGCGCCAAGCAGACAGUUGCGCAAAGGCUAAAUAACUGACGAGUGCGAUUUUUGUUUUGGUGGGUUUUGUUUGCAGUGUCAUGUGAGAGAUACACAUGACCUUAAGAACCAGUUGAGCUUUACUUCACCUUCCUUGUUUUCCUGGAUGAAGUCCGGAUGAAGCUGACCAAGCUUUGUUUAUUUAAAACAGUGAUAGUUACUCUUUUUUAAAAAUGCAUAUUCCCAGGUUUGUUUUCCAGAAAGGAGUUGCAGUGGCAAUUGUCACAGCCAUGCCCCUUCUAAGGUUGUACAAGAUUCUAAGAUUACACAUUAAUCUUAUAGUUAUUAUUGUAUUCCUAAUUAUUAUUAUUAUGGUAUUCCUAUACAAUAGUAAUAAUUAGGGACAUGUUGCAACAAUCAAUGCAGAUGUGCAGGUGUUGCCUUUUAGCUAGUUCUACCAUAGUCGGCCAAUAAAGUGAGAUGAGCGCCGCAAACCCAGAGUUGGCCACGACUGGACCUAAUGGUCAGGGGUCCCUUUACCUUUACCAUAGUCUGUGCACAUACGUGGGCCAAUGAUUUGGAGUGGUCCAAUAUCUUUCAGAGUGACUUGUGUUUCCCUAGAAGUUCCAGUGUACAUAACAGAAGUUGCACACCAUUCUUUUGAAACUGAAGCACCUAGUGUUUUCAGUGUUCCUAAAUGCUUAGCCUUGGAGCAUACUGUGGCUUAAAAACUCCCCUUUCUAGCUGAUUGGGUGACUCUAAGACACUUGAGGCAGAAAUAGUAACAUGUCUUUGAGUGUGGACCAGUACAGUACUGUUAAGCAGUUCCGGGCCUGAGACUGUAAGAACCUGUGCUUUUUCCAAUGGAGUAUAAUCUUGGUAUUAGCAUAAUUCCUGCCUUGGAAUAAACUUUUUGGAAAAUGCAUCAUCGGCGUGUAUCCCAAAGUUUUGUUUUUGUACAAUGCACGUUAAAUUGUGGUGUCUCUCAGGCCAAUCCAGAGGAAUAAGAAACUAGAGCUUGCAUCCUGGGAGGAAAAAACAUACACAUUUGCUGCUGGACGGCUGCCUUCUAUGAGAGGUGCUGGCAUUGUGUUUGGCCCAACACUUUAUUUUUCUGAAAGACCCUCACAAGAGUAGAAUGUGUGUGCACACACGUACACACCAGUAACUGCUGCUAUAAAUAUGAACGAGGAACUGGGCUUUUGUGCCCGGAAACAAGUCUCUAGCCCACACCAAAUUCAUUGGGAAGCUGUGAUAGAUAACAAAAAACCCUCAAUCAAUCUUUAUUACAGUUAAAGACCAGACAGGGUAACUCUCCCUGGGGUGACAGUAGCUGUAUGAGUUCUCCACUGCCUUAUAAUUCAUUGUCUUUCAACUGUCCUGCAAGCAAAUCAGGAUGAAUGCUGAAUAAACAGGCCAUCUGGAAAAGGCCAUAAUUUUUCAUAAAAUGUACACAUGCUGAAACACAACUUUUAAAGAUUCAGGAGCCCUGCCUCUUUUAACCAGGUCACUCAACCAGUACUGCAGUUGUUAUUAAAGUGCUUUAUUUCUAGGGGGGGAAGGUGCUGAUACUCUGAAUGGAAAACUUCCUUGGGAGUCAGGAAAAACAAAUACAUGUAAAACAGUUGUAUGUUUUACUGGAACGUCAUUAAAAUAUUGGUAUGUAGUUAUUACAUGGUGCGUGAUAAUUAAAGGACUUGCUGUAACUCUAUGCCUUGUUCUGUACUCUUAAUACCUGACUGUGCAUGCCUAUUAUCGCCACAGGGUCAUACCAUCCACGAUUCUGCCGGGACAUAGGCUCACGCCUCCUUUCCCAAGCCCAGGAAGCAUUUUCCCAGCUUAGGGAAGGAGGCGCGGUGCUCUGACGGGAUCCAAGAGGCCUCCUGCCUCCUUCCCUUACAAAAAAGGUGGCAAUACUGUGUACCGUUGUGUACUGCCAGGGAAAAAAAGCAUUGGCUGCAUUGUCUAAUUAUGUUUCUCAAGACAGAAAAACAGAAACCAAAAUUGCAAAGCAGGAAAAUGGAUAAAAUGACACAGUAGGUUGUUGGCAUGUGUCUGUUUUGAGAGACAAUGGAGUGCACCUCCAGGGGUGAAGUCAAACUGUUGCAUUUGCUGCACCAAAGUGACCUCCCUGAGGCACAAGCCUGGGCAUUGUGUAUGGAGGUCCUGUGCUGCCCAGAUGACAAGACCCUCCUCUCGGCCUCACUGAUAUGGCCCAAAGGAAAGCAGUUUGGCUCCAGUUUGGCUGCAGGGGUUGCAAGAAGGAGGCGUACAAGGCCAUCCAACCAUCUUAGGGACUCCUUUUCUUUUCCUGAAGAUACCGCACAAGGCAGCGGAAGUUUAGGGCCAGAGUUUUCCUUAUCCUAGCUAGGGUACCUUCCCAGGUUGAUGAGCCCCAUCUGCCCCCUCACUUCCCCCUACAGCAUGAGCAGAAACCACCUACCUUCUUGACUGUUCGACUCACUAUUACUCUUGUCUGCUCAAUCCGCUGGAGCCUGUCUUCACAUGCAGUGGAAGUCCAUAACUCACCAAGGGUUUGAAAGCCAUCAGCUGCCCUCAUCUGGAUUAGCCGGCCAGUCGGAGCCAUUUUCUGGGGAGCGACCCCUAUUGCACGCUGACAACUUCUGGAAGCCACAGGUGAGAGCUGAGUGCAGGGUGGGGACCAAACUACCUCAGAAGGCGCAUGAUGUGUCUGCCCCCAGAGGUACUACAUUCCAUAUACCCCAAACCCAGUAGACGUUAUUAAAAAAAUAUAACUCCCUUGUGCUAAACUCAUUUGAAAACCCCAUCUUAGCAGUGUAGGUUAGAGCAAAUGUGAGUCAGAGCAUGUUAAAUGGCUCUUUCAUAAUUUAACAAGGAAUUACAGAAGAUCCACCCCUUCUGGUAACAGCGCACCAAACCAUCAGGGUUGCAGUGUUUUUUAUUGCUUGACUCAUCACCUGUUGUGGGACUGCAGGUGUGCAGGUACCUUCCCAGUUUGAUGAGCCAGUUUGAUGUCCUUUCCAGAAGACUGAUACAUUCUUUUCUUUCUGAAACAGAAUUAAAACUCAGAUUCAAGCAUGAAGAAAUUUAUGGUAGUGGAACCUGUGGUUGCCUUGUUCAUGUUUUUAUAUUCCAUGCCGUUGAUGCAGCAGUAUGUGUAUCGGAAGCUCUGGGAGGAGACCACCAAUUCCACCUUCGAUAAUGACAAUGCUUCUCAUUGCCAUGUGAACCAAAGCGAUCCAACUUUCUUGAAGCAAAAGGUAAGCUCAGAGUUCUCCUUGGGUGCAUACCAGGCAUAGUUAAAUGGACAGCACAAGUCUACUGAUUUCUAUCCAGAAAGCUCCUACUCUCAUUUUCUUGGGAGUAAUCUUUACUGAACUCAAUGGGUUUGGUGUAAACAUCUGAGUUUACACUGGAUAAACUCUGAGUAAACAUCUGUAGGAUUGGACUGCUAGUCUCUAUCUCUGUGAGAGAUUUAUGCUCUUAAGUUCCACAAACUUUAAUGAAAAAUUUAAAAUGCAUAUCAUAUGUUUGGGUUGUGCCCACUGGGAGAGAGCGUUGCAAAGAAAACGUCACUUGAGCCAAGGAUACACAAGACCCUCUUUUGAGUUAAAUGACACAGUCAAUGAAUUGUCAGCUGCUAGAAUAGUCAGAGCUGGGAGGACCAGGUGCAAAAAAGGACGGGGCUCUGGCAGCUUUAAGAGGGUGUUUCAGUAGGCUCACCAACUGAACUUUGUGUGGACUCUUCAAAUGUAGUCCCUUUUGUCAGAGCUUUUCAAGAAUGGUUGCUGAUGGUGCACCAGCCUAAGCUGGACAAAAGCACCCCUGGCCACAGUACUCUUUGGACAUCUUCAUCCAGGAGUACUGCCAGACCGCAACCUGAUUUCUCAGGAGGAGGGCUACCCCAUCCAAGGCGGGCUGAACUUUAAAAACAGAGAAGUUGUAUAUCUCCAACUCACUGAUUGCCUUAGGAACUUGAAUAUGGUCAGUGUUGGUCACUCGUUUUAGGGAUGGUUCAAGAUCAAGGAUUUUAAAGGAGCAUUUUUAAGAAGGCUUCCUAGCAUAUGCAUUCAAAUAUCUUUUGUACUGUAUUAGAACUGGAUUCAUGUUUAAUUACAAAGAAGCUCGGAAUUCAUUAGACCAGACUGUAGUGCUUCCUGAUGGCUGGCCUGCUUGAACAAAUAUCUUUAUAGCUAAAGUGGGGGAUCUUACACUGAUACGGUGGUGCCUUGGUUCUCGAACUUAAUCCAUUCCAGGAGUCUGUUCGAAAACCAGGGCGCAGCUUCCAGUUGGCUGCAGGAGCUUCCUGCACUCAAUCGGGAACCGUAUCGGACGUUCGGCUUCCAAAAAACGUUCGCAAACUAGUACACUCACUUCUGGAUUUGCGGCGUUCGAGAGCCGAUUUGUUCUACAGCUAAGGUACCACUGUACACUGUUUAGUAUGCAGUGCAGGCAUCUUGCUUGCUAGACUGGUUGCAGAUUGUGGAAAAUGCUUUCAUUAAUAAUAGGGUUUACCAGCAGUGCUCCCUUCCUUGCAUCUUGUUUUGCCUCACAAUGCUCUAUCCCUUAAUUUAAUUUGUAUAUAAGUUGAGGACUCCUCCCUGUUUAAGUUUUUGUUGUAAGUUCUAUUUAUUUGCUUCACAAACUGUGCCCUAAACGUAUCUUCAGAUUUUAGACUUGUGGGCCAAAUCUUCAGCUAGCGUCACAGUGUAAUACUUCAUUGGCUUUGCUGAAACUAAGCUGCUUUUAAUCCAGGUGUUUCUCAAUUACUUUCUUGUGCACCUGACUUAAGUAGUGGAGUGUUGUGUUUAAUUUAUAUACAGCAUAUGUUUUGGUAACUCUCCCUCAUUAUCUGGAAUGAUCAGCAUGUACCUCAUGUGAAAAACAUGGCUGUAUGCAGCCCAAGCUGACGUGGCAAAGUCCUAUUGACUUCUUUAAAUAAGUGCAUUCAAGGCUCAUGGUUUUUUCCUCUGGAUUGCACACAACGUCAAGCACUAGGGUCAUCUUGUACCAGCUGGGAUUCUUGCAACAUUUGCUUAGUGUUGGGCCUUCUGCCUCUCCUCCCCGCUACUCCAUCUAGACAGAGCAUUGCCAUGUUAUCGUCUUGCCCAGAGGAAGUUAAAGGUCCUUUUGUGUUAAGAAAGUCUUCAAACAGAAAAACAACAACACGAUCAUAGGAAACAACAGUCCUGCGGCUUCGGGUGGGGCCCCCCUCUUGAGUCUGCUGAGUGAGGGGGACCUGGACAUCUGCCCCAAGGUCCUACUCUGUCUCUCAGAACAGACACAUCAAGCGUAUCUUCAGUUGGCAAGUGUUUUUCUGCCACUCUCAAGGAGAGAGAAUCAUUUACAGAAGGGCCGAAAGGUCACAAAAUGCAAGAGGCAUAGUCUGCAACAUUUCUGCGCAAAGUUCAAGUGUGUGCGAGAUAACCUCUGUGCUUUCUUUGCUUGUCAGUGCUUUCUCUGUGAGCUUGAUACAUUUGAGCUUUGCACAGAAAUGUAAUGGGCACCUUGCAUUUUGUGGCAUUUCAACCCGGUGAUUUAUAAUUCUUCUCCCGUCUGUAAAUAGAUACACAGAUACAGGUACAGCUUCGACUGGCAUUUCACGCACUGGGUGAUGUAAAAUCCAGUCCACAAAAUCUUAUGCUGCUGUAAAUGUGUUGAAAUCAUAUCCACACCAUUUAAAGCACACACCUUCCUCCAAAGAAUCCUGGGAACUGUAGCUUGUUAAGGGUCCUGGGAAUUGUAGCUCUGCGAGGGUGAACUACAGUUCCCAUGAUUCUUCUGGGAAAACCUUGUGUUUGAAAUGUAUGGUGUGAAUGUGACCUAAAACGGUACUUCAGGGCUCUUUUGUGUCUGUGGUUGCUUGGGCUGAUCAAAAUUUGGCCUUCCCUCUGCACACUUUCUCCUACAUGCAUGCAUGUUGAGGUAUGAAAGAGGGAAAGACGAUGAUGUUUUAAAUAAUAAUUUAUGUACUGCUCAUAUACAAAAAUGGCUUGUAAGUGGUUUGCAACUAUAAAACCAAUUAUAAAAUCCAUACAUAAUUAAAAUACACUAACAAUUCUACCGUAGCAUUAAAACAUCUUUAAUUAAAAUAUGCCACAAGCCAGUUAUAAUAAAUCAUAAUACUGUAAUAAAUUUUUAUUUAUACCCCACCCUUCCCAGUUUAAAAACUGGGCUCAGGACGGCUAACAGCAAAUAUGAAGAAUUGAUUAAAAUGUGACUUAAAAACAGCAUAAAACAGCAUAGAAUACAACAUAAAAUGCAGCAUCAAUAUCAAUAAAAUCCAAAAAUUAUGGGGUCAUUUUUGGAAGGAAAAUAAAGUUAGAAAGCAUGACAAUUGAAACAACUGAAAAAAAAAGUAGGAUCAAGUUCAGGUGUGUCUUCAAGAGCCAGUGGAAUGCCAAUACUGAUGGCACCUUGGUAUUUCAGCAGGGAGGGCACUCCACGACACACUGGUUCCACGCUUGCCUCCAUGUUAUCGCAAGCCAUUAACAAUCAGUUAUUUCACAGGUUUGCAUUUACGGAUUUACAAUCCGCUCCUUUAUAUUAAAUCUGUUUAUUUUCUUCUUUCAGGAAGUCCAAGAAAAGAUGUCUAUUUUUAUCUUGAAAACAGACCUGUGUGCAGGUGCCCUCAGCAUUUUGGUAGCCUUUGUCGUCGUAGCAAAUGGAGAACGCUGGGGGCGCAAAGUAUCGCUGGUUCUUCCUAUGGUGGGCUGUCUCGUGAGCAGCAUCUUCCUCUGCGCUAUAUCCUAUUUCUCGCUGCCCCUCUCUCUCCUUUUCAUUUCGGCCUUCGUUACUGGGCUGUUUGGAAGCAUAGCAACCUUCCUUGGCGGUGCCUUUGCCUUCAUCGCUGACCUUUGCGAGAAUGAGAAGCAGAAUACCAUCCGAAUAGCAGUGAUCGACUUCAUCCUUGGAGUGUUCUCUGGAUUGGGAGGACUGUCUUCAGGCUACAUUUUAAAAGCUUUGGGCUUUACCUGGACAUACGUGAUGAUUUCACUGCUUCAGGUGGUCAACAUUUUGUACGUUAUGUGUUUCUUGGAUGACACGGUCCGGGUAUCUGAGGUUGAGCCAAAGUCUCUGAAAGAAAAGCUCAAGGAAACCUUUUCUGGAGUUUAUGACUUAUUUCGGAAUUCUUCCUGUAGGAAGCGGACUCUGAUCACAUUGCUGCUUUGUACAUUCAUGACUUACUUGUUCACAAUGAUUGGCGCGCUUUCUCUUUACACCAUCUAUGAACUGAACGCCCCGCUCUGCUGGAAUGCCAUCUACAUAGGAUACGGCUCGGCUGCAUCUACUGCUGUCUCUCUGAUUGGCUUUUUAGGAAUCCUUGUCCUUGUCAAGUACCUAAAGGACUUUUACCUUGUUUACCUCGGGAUCUUCUCUUACGUAGGAGGAGCCGUCAUGGCUGCCUUUGCCACCACUACGUUGCUGAUGUUUUUAGGUGAGUUCAGUACCAGACCGGUGAAAAUUCAGAACUUUUGGUAAGAAUGCUGGUUAUGUAGACGUUUUGAAAACAAGUGGUGCUCACAACCAUGAAGAAUAAUUUCUGGACUACAUUAUUUUCAAGAAUAUAUGCAAUUUUAUAGACAUUCCUUGGUUUGAGAACUGCACCACAAAAUUCAGAAAAGUAUGAAUUUUGAAAUACGUUUGCAUUUCGGUUUGCAUAUUGUUUCAGGUUAGGUUCACAUUAAACCUUACCAAACCAUUGAAAGCCCAUUUAAAUAGACUUGAGUAACUUAAAUGCAUCUAUUUUAGUGGAUCUUCUCAGAGAAUGACUUAGUUGGAGACAACCCUAUAUGACUAUCAAAAUAUCUUGGCUGUUUCCUUUUGCUUUGUUGUAUUUUACAGUACAGCUUCAUCUAUUUCAGUCUCCUAUUCAUAAUAUUGCUGGCUUGUGUGUUUUUACAGUGAGAGUGCCUUCCCUGCUACUUGCUAUGCCCAUUCCAGUCCUUCGAUCCAUGUUGUCCAAAUUAGUUCUUCCUAAUGAACAAGGUGAGUUGAAGUUGCGAAAGGAUAGUUCGCGGUUGUCAUGUCAUAAAUUACAAAGGGAGUUAGGAGGUGUUGGGUGGAUUUGUCAGUUUUAUUUUACAUUGUUAUUUAUUAUUUGGGGCUUUAAAAAAAUAAAAAAGGUUAACCCUAUUAAUAAGUUGCAUGAAUAGUUUAAGUAACGCUCUGGAAUGCCACCCUGGAAUCUUCUGAGAAAAGGCGGUUGAGAAAUGUUUCAAAUAAAUGGAGAAAAGCACAAGUGUUUUAUUUUAAUUUUUUGUGUUUUCUUGUUUUGACAGGAGCUAUAUUUGCUUGCAUCGCCUGCUUAGAGGUCGUGAUGGGGACUCUUGGACUUGUCACGUUCAAUAGUCUUUAUGCUGCCACUGUGGGCUGGUUUCCAGGCUUCUGCUUCCUCUUCUCAGCUGGCCUUUGCAUAAUUCCGCUGAUCACACUGAGGUUGUAUACAUAUUACUCCUCUGGCUAGUGCCAAAAGCAAAGCUAUUUAUUACAUUGCACUUAUAGCCCACCUUUUCCUCUAAGGAACUCCAGGUGGUCUAUGUGGUUCUCCCCCUCCCUCUUUCAGUAACCUUGCGAGGUAGAUUUAGAGUUAGAGACAGCGACUGGCCCAACAUGACCCAGAGAGAUGCAUAUGAAACAAGUGCUCCUCUGUUGAGCUACCAUCCCUCCACUGGUGCAUCCUUGGUGCAUUAUAAAAAUCUCCAGCAUCGCUACCUCGUAUAUUAUCAAGUAUUGAGAUCUGGUAACAGUAUUUUUUCUUUAUUUUUUUUCAUUCUCACUGACUUUUUUCCUUUCUUUUUUCUCUCACUCUUAUCCUUUUAUGAAUGAAAUUCUUGUAAUGAAAUAUCAAUUAAAGAAUUAAGUACAGUGGUACCUUGGCUCUCGAACUUAAUCUGUUCCGGGAGUCCCGGAACCGUUCAAAAACCAAGGCGCGGCUUCCGAUUGGCUGCUGGAGCUUCCUGCACUCAAGCAGAAGCCGCGUCGGGCGUUUGGCUUCCGAGAAAAGUUUGCAAACCGGAACACUUACUUCCGGGUUUGCAGCAUUCGGGAGCCGAUUUGUUCGACAACUAAGCCGUUUGAGAACCAAGGUACCAGUGUAUUGAGUACUGUAAAGUACUGGUAAAGUAUUUAGGUGGUGUUUGACUAGCCUUUAAACAGUUGGCCCAUUGAAAUGAACAUGACUAAGUGAGACUCAUCCAUUUCAAUAGGUCCACUCUCAGUAGUUGAAUGUCACCCUUUGACUUGAACAAAGGAGACCAACCAACGCCACAUUUUUUUCUCUGUACAAGACUUUUCCCGCUCAAAACUUCAUUCCAGGGUGUUUGUGAGGGUUAAAAGGGAAUAAUCCCAUCUGAGCUACUUGGAAGAUGGGCUGAGUACAAAUGUAAUAAUAGAUCAGUAAAAGAAUGGUCAGGAAGGGGUGUAUCGCUGACAAAAGUCUACCCGUCAGGACAAGAGUAUUUGCUGGAAAUUAGUGAAAAAGAAUGCGAAACUCAGGCUAAAUAUUUCCUGCUAUGCUGAUUUCCCAACAGUGCCUUGACUUUGCCACAUACCUAAAGUGUUAGGGUGGACACAGACAUAACAUUUAAAAUAGUGGUCACAGUGCGUCCUUCUCCCUGCAGUAUGGAACUUGCCUUAAACAUGUAUACAGUGGUACCUUGGUUUUCGAACAGAAUGCAAUCCGGGAGUCUAUCCGACUCCCGGAACCGUUUAGAAACCAAAGCAUGGCUUCCCAUUGGCUGCAGGAGCUUCUUGCAGCCCAUCGGAAGCCAUGCUGGAUGUUCGGCUUCCGAAAACGGUUCGAAAACCGGAAUGCUUACUUCCGAGUUUCGAUUGUUUGGGAGCCGAUUUGUUUGGGAGCCAAGGCGUUCGGCUUCCAAGGUACGACUGUACCAGCAAGUAAAAUGCUAUUUCAGCUGUCCAUCCUUUGCUUUCCUUUGUGUUUCACAUUCUAGAGAUUGGCAAAGGGGAGGUGCAUAGGUAAAUGCCAUGGAUUUUCACCAAUAGGAAUUCUCCUUGGCCAGCUUUUCCCCAGCUCAAACUGAACCAUGCUGAAAAUUUGCAGAAGUGUUGUUCUUCUACACACGUCCUGGGAUAAAGGAGAAGCUAUUUUGGGCUGGCAAGGUUGCUUCCAAACUGCUUUAGCUGCUCUUAGAAUGCUCCACCUGCCUUUGCUCUUAAUCUUAAAGCUGGCAUGACAGGUGUUUCCUUCAAAAGGUUAAGAAGACUAUCCAUUUCAGGUUGCAUACAGGGAGGUAUUGUCACAACCUUACUGAAUACGCCACAUGGACCUUUUUCAUUGCAGUGUAUGACAGCUUUAUGAUUUCUGUACAUUUUCAGUUGACUUAGUACAGUGUGUUCCGUAUCUCCUCUUUAAAACGUCUUAUCUCUUUCUCCCAGCUGGUUUCUGUAUGCCACUUGGCAUGAAUAUCACUUUGCGCUACUUAUAAAUGAAGAAGACUCCCUUGGGGAGAAUGCUGACAGCUGAACAGAGAAUUUGUCUAAAGGCUAGCCCUCCUCUCCUGUUCUUCUAUCAUGGCCAUACCUGUUGACUCUUAUUGGCACAGCUAAAGAAGGAUCUGAUGUGUCCGUUCUUAGAUCUCUACAAGAAUUGACCAUCCCAGGUUUGCUGCUGUCCUUGAUGGUACAUAGGAUGCUGCGCAAAGCGGUGGCAGAGAAGAGUCGUGAAUGGUGUUUUCAGUCUGUUGCUAUGCUGGGGUGGGAUUCAAUCACAAACUGGCAAAUUCUCAAUGACAGUUAAUUGGGAGGUCUUGCACAACAAACCUGCUUUCUCAAAACAUCAGGCUUUUUUGCAGUAAGGAAAGUGAUGGGGAAAUGGACUGGAAAGGAUAGGGUUGCUGGACACAACAUUGUCUAGCAUCUCCACGAACAAAUCAGGGUGAAUGCUCACUAAAUAGCCAAUGUAGCAAACAGAUCAGGAAUGAAUGCUCAGUAAACAGAUUGUCUGGAAGCACCCAAAGCACUGCCUUGGUUGAGCUGUUUCAAAGGCAAUUGGCCGGUGCUGAAACAGGAGUGAUGUCAGAACUGGGAUCAGGCCCUUGAUGUCUUGGUGCACCUGCGCAUGGCUGUUAAUGUUUCAGUGCAAUCAGUAGCAGAUAGUGGGUGCUGCUGCUCACCUGAACUCAGGUUGGUUGUCGCUCCUGCUUACUGGAAAGGGCAAGGCGUCACCGUGUUUGGACACAUUUCUGUUCUCUCAUCAUUUUGAAAUGCCCUGGCCUUUGAGUUUCGGAAUUCUGUGACUCCUGUAUUAACCAGACUUCCUUGUGUAUACCAGUAAGUCUGUGAUGCAUACCUGCUUGCAGGAAGUGGACAGAUGGGCAGCAGCGACACUACUCCCUCAGCAAGGAAAUGAUGCACUUAUUUUGCAUGCAGUGCAAUCUUAUGUGUGGCUAUUGAGAAAUAAGCCCAUUGGGUUCAGUAGAACUUACCUACAGGGUUGAACUAUUAUACAGUCGCAGCUUGGUUUUCGAACAGAAUGCAUUCCGGAAGCCCGUUCGAUUUCCAAAACAUUUGGAAACCAAGGCGUGGCUUCCAAUAGCAGAAGCCGCAUCAGAUGUUCGGCUUCCAAAAAAAGUUCAAAAACCGGAACACUCACAUCUGGGUUUCGAUCGUUCGGGAGCCAAAACGUACAAGUACCAAGGCGUUUGAAAACCAAGGUACGACUGUAUAUUGAUAUGUAAAUUGAAUUAUCUACUCUUGCAACAGGAAGGUCGUGUUUGUGUUGCAGAGGGAGUUAAGAAUCACAGGAUGGGUUAAGUGCUGUCAACAAACCCUGUUUGAGCAAUUGCCUGGAUAAGCUGUGGAGGUCCUACAUAGCUUCCCCAAUUUUUGUGUGACCACAUCUGCAAGCAAGCCCUGUGGCCAGACAAGCUUAAGAAAAUACAGAAACUGAGCCAAUUAUUUUUAAAAUAAUUCUGAACAAACCUGAUUCUUCUUUACACAGAGGACAGGCAGGUGCCUUGAAUGCAGACAGUCUAUAACAAUGAUUGGCAAUCUUUGCUUGGAAUCUAAGGUAACUUAAGGAACAUAAUGGAAAAAAGGCUCCCAUCUCCUGUUCCACCUCUGUAGCCACCUGACCCUAACCCUAACCCCCUGAAAAAAGCCACUCUGGAAGGUUAUGUCUCCCUCCCGAAUCAUGUAGGAUGGGAUUCUAAGGGCUAUUGGGAGAGCUGGAGAAUCAAUUGGAAUUGGGCUUGGAUCCUAAGUUAAAGAAGUUUAUGGAAAGAAAGGUUCCAUUCUGUUCUUCCACCCAACAGCUCCCCACACCCUGUCCCCCGUUGUUCCGAAAGGGCCGCCAAACCUCUGCAGAGGCUUUCACGAUGACAGAGGAGAAGAGAGGAGGGGGCAGCCAAUUCCACGAACUUCCAUAAGUUAACCUACUUUAUGAUGCAUACAAUUGUAUAAAAUGCCACUGUGAUUUAUCUUGCGCUAUUUUCCUUAAAUUGUUCUACUGGGCCUAAGAAUGGGCGAGUCUUUCAAUUUCAACAUCAGCUGCAAAUUCUUUCAUUUUAAAAAAAGGUCAGCAUUUUAGUACAAAUUUCUCCUACAUGCACAUUGUUGUACGCAAUGUUUUUGCAAGUAGUAUCCACUAAUAUAAUGCAUUUUUAUGCACACUUUACCUAAUUUGUAUGAAUUGCUUGAUUAGAGAUCUGCAUUGCAAAAUUCAAAGAAGUCUGAAUUUCACAAGAUGACUGUACUUGGUUCAUAUAUUUUCAGGAGUUAGGAAGAUUCGCCUUUAAAUGUGAACCAAAUCCCUCAUUAGCCUGGCCUACCAAUGCACUUAGGUAUACAAAAGUGAGGAUUAAUCAGUAAUGUUUAUUGUAUGCUGUUUUUCCCCCCUAACAGCACUUUCUAUGGUGGAUAAAAGAGGAUUUGUUGUAAACUUUUUUUAAAAAAGACCCUAAUGUAAUUGUAUAUUUUUUUAAAGGAUUGACUUGUUGAAUUAUUAGGUAGUGUUUCAAUUGAUUCAUUUGAUUCAUUUGAUAGGGUCGGUUCACAUGAAAACGAAGAGCAAGACCUUGCAGUUCAGGAUAAGCAUGUUGAACCUGUGAAGCCUGCAAUGCAAAAUGUAGCUGCAGGGUAGACACUACGUAAUGUUUUGGGCUGCAGUUCAACACAAGAUUAGGUGUGCUUAAAGCUCUUUUGAAAUAACUGGAUUUAAAGCUCCCAUCCCGAACACCUGUCUGAGUCUCACAUGGCCCUUCCUCAAUGUGGAACCCCAGAGUCUGCCAUACCUGCCGCCGCCACCACCAUUGGGUGGGGCAGCAGGCAGGCAUUCCUGCUUGUGUGUGGGUCAGGCAUAGUGUGCCACAGAUAUAGAGUGGUGCUUUGGAACUCUAUUCUUGGCCCACACUCUGUGGUUUGGUUGUGUGUGUGUAGGAAUGCUGGCCAUUUUCCAAACCUCUGGUAGUGCUGAUUGCACUCUCCAGUGAUGGCUAGAGUGGUUUUGCCAGUGAAAUAGUUACAACACAAAGAAAGGCAGUAGCAGAUCAGACUGGUUGGCUAGAUGAAGGUGAAUGGGGAGAUGGAAGCCUCUCUCUUUCUCUCUCUCUCUCUCUGUGUGUGUGCGCGCGCGCCAGCCAAGAAGAGGGAACUUCUGUGUUUGCAAGUGAAGGAAUACCGUACGUGUUUUUGUGAGUGAGAAGAUGAAUGAUGGUUGAAUGAAGAGAAGGGGGGAGAGAGAGAGAGAAAGAGAGAGAGAGAGAGAGAGAGAGAGAGAGAAAGUGCUGCCCCCUCCCCACACUUUUGGACCACAUUCCAAUGGUGGACAGUUUCCCCCUAAGUGGAGAUGGCCCUAAACCCCCCAAAAACUUUCUCAUCUUCUUGCUGGAAAAAAAGCCUUGUCAAUAAUGUUUUCAAAAUCAAGAAUCUUAAUUUUGUCUCUCCUUGAGCCCUUUAACAUUUUUCUCCCAUCUGGUCUGGAGAAUCUUCCUCAUUUCUUUUUACAACUCUUUUGAGCUCCUGUGAUGGAACCAGAGCUGUGCAUCUAAUUAGUUCACAGUUAAUGUGCUGUAAAGUGUAAUUUUGCACUUUUCAUCUUCGGAGUGCUUGGCAAAUAUGUAAGUCAUUAAUCUUCUCGAUGCUGCUCUGAGGCAGGUACUCUUUGCCAACUUCACCUUCCACCUCUGGGUGGGCAACCUUUUAAUAUCGAAAUUGUCUCAGGGCCACAGAGCAAAUUAAUAUUAGGGAUUGAGAUGAUAAAACUGCUUCUGCCACUUGGGUUUAUAUGCUCUAUAAUGACAGUAUGUAUAGAGAAUGCCAUUCAAUGGCAUCUCUCCUCCCUCCCCCCUCCCCCAGCAUAAAAUAUGUUGUUAGCAACACCUGGCGAGUUUUUCAUAUCGCUAACAUUUAGGAUGUUAUUUCCCCUCUUGCCAUAUAUUGCUUUGCGGUAUCAUGAAGUGCUGAGGUGCUUUCAUGCUGAUGGUUUUAUGAGAGUUCCUUGGUGACUUAUAAUGCUCCCUCUCAGUCUCUGUGAUCCACACACCCCUCUCCCCCAUACAUCAAAUUAGAUGUCCAUGGGAAGAUUGUGAUAUGUCUCUGAAAGGGUUUUUAACGAACCCGGACUGCCGUCAGGAGUGAGGAAACAGCAGGUGGUGGGGUGGGCAGCACUUCCCUUUCCCUCAGUUUGCCCACUCAGAAUUUAUUUCCCCCAGUUGCUUAUCUCCCUGUGCGGAAAAAAUAUCUGGGGACUCAUCCAUUCAGGUUGUUUAUACAAUGUGUGCUGUUGGAAUGAUGUUUUAUGUUCUUUAGGGGUUUUUUGUGUCCAUGAUAUUGCUGUGCUUUAUUUCAAUGAACUAACAUUCAUUAAUUUGGGGAACCUUUGGGUUGAAAGCUUGGCUAUAAAUCCAAUUAGUAAUAAUAACAUCUUUUCCUACCCUCUUCCUUCACUCAGACUGCAGCCUUACCUAGCAAAUUCCAUUUUUUAAAAGUCAGGAGACUGAUUGAUGUUAUCUCCUAUGUAAUGUCUGCUACACCCCACCCCACCCCGAUCGUGAAGUUUGCAGAUUGUUUGGGGUCAUAAUUGACUACACUGUAAAUAGCAUUUUGGGAGCUUUGGAAGUGUGGGAAAUGAGCAGCGGACUGGGCACUCUUUCCUCAGCCCAAUGUACCCAAUUGCCCCCUCUUCCACAUCUCUGUAUUUCUUAAUUUGUGUAUGUGGCCGUCAUAGUACAUUUGUUGGAUGGAGGGUAGGAUUUGCACAGUAGCUAUAAUAAACAGGAGUUUGGAAGGUGGGGCAGCAAGGAGGAAGGUUUCCAAAUGUAGCUGCUUUGGUAGUCGACCGUUAUUUCCACUAACCGGACCUGUCUACCAAAGUGUCAGGGGAGGCAAGCUGUGGCCUCGCUUCCUACUGGACUAUGGAGAUGCUCAGAAGCAGUGAGAAUCUUACUUCCUCUUGCAUCUGAGUGUUUCCAAAGCUUGGCAUGAACCAAGUGGCCGACUUCUCUUUUCCAAGUACAUGUGCCAGAGAUAUUGGGGAGAGGGCCAGGCUGAUUCUUCCACACAGCAUGAAGCAAAAUGCUGCUCCUGGCUUUUGAGGCCCUCUAGUUGUGUGGAGAACUUGUGGGGGGGUCUCAUCUAGCAGUAAUUCAUUUUAUGGGCACCACUUUGAUUGACGAUAUGGAAAUUUAAUACAGUGCGUGGCCCCCAGGUUCUGUGAGGAAGUGCUCUUGUGGCCCACUUGGUCUGAGUUGAAACAAACAAACAAACAAAAUCCUUCCAGUAGCACCUUAGAGACCAACUAAGUUUGUUAUUGGUAUGAGCUUUGGUAUGCAUGCACACAUCUUCAGACGCACACGAAAGCUCAUACCAAUAACAAACUUAGUUGGUCUCUAAGGUGCUACUGGAAGGAUUUUUGUUUAUUUGUUUCGACUAUGGCAGACCAACACAGCUAGCUACCUGUAACUUGGUCUGAGUUGUUGGACCACCUUGCUUUAGGGUAACCUUUAGAUUGCCCUUUUAUGUUGCCCACUUGGUGUCCUGUAGAUGUUUUAGACUACAACUCUUCAUCCUCAGCUCCAGCACAUGUGGAGAACAGGUUGGCAAAAGCUGCCACAGACAGCCAUGGAACAAAAGAAAGGACUGCAUUUUCUUCGAACCACCAGCAGCAGCAAGACUGCAAGCUUGCUGGAGAGAUACUGCACUGAAGCUGACUGUUGUGGCUUAAGACAGUCUCUGUAAUAAUGCCUGGCACUAAUUACUCAGGACAAAGUUGCUUUGUCAAAGUUAAUAGCUGCUUGGGUGGAAAUGGUAAUAGCAAUUCACUGACCAGAGAACUUUCACUUUCCUCCUUUUGUGAGAGGUUGUCUUAUUGCUGUUAGCAAAAGCAGCCCUCCACCCAAGGAGUCUGGGCCUGGAGUUGGCUUCACAUUAACUCAAAGUGAAAGUUCAUGAGAAGUUGUUAUCUUGAUCUGAUAGCGCACAGAGUGAACAAGAAAGUAUUUUAUCUGAAAUGGCCUUCUCCAAGUUGGUGCCCCCCAGGUGCUUUGUAUUCCAGCUCCCAUCAUCCCUGACCACUGGCCAUGCUUCCUGAGGCUAAUGGGAGUUGUCGCUUGAAACAUCUAGAAAGCACUAGGUUGGCAGGAGGCUACUGCUAAUGCAUCUAGUUAAGGAACUGAUCAUUUGGCUAAAGAUCAGAAAAUGUGUGCUUAUGGGGGGAGAUUUAUAAAAAGAGCGUAAGAACAAGCAAUUGCUUUUAGACUAGUGUAAUUGUAGUAGCUUACUGCAAAGAAUCUUGGGAAUUAAAAUAUGCUGAGCAUAUUCAGAUCUGUAUUCUUCAUAAAACUAGCCCUCAGGAUUUCCUAAGGAAACCAAAUGAUUUAGCAAUCCUAUGUAUAUUUGUCUACUCAGAAGUAAGGCACAUUGACUUCAGUGAGACUUAUUCACAGGUAUAGGUGCAUAAGAAUGCAGCCUUAAACCGAUCUGUAUCUGUAGUGUGCAGACACUCAAAACUGUAUGGAACUGGAAGUUUUUAUACAAUGGUUGCCCAAGUUAAUCUUUGCACUGAUUCUGGCUCUAAGACUGAGCUGCCUUGGGAGUGUGUGUUUUGCAAUAAUCAUGACAAUAUUUGCACUACUUUCCUUGACUGACUUUUAUUUGUGUGUAUAAUGUAUACUGAAUGAAAAUAUUGAGAUAAAUAAAACAUUUUUGAACGACAUCUGUAUCAGUGCUUCUUAAAACAAUUAUUUCACAUGUAAUCAAGUCUCUAGAAAGAAACAUGGCAAUUCAAGCUGCUUAUGAUAGAACAAGUUUAUCUAAAAAAUGAGUCAGUUUAAGCAAAAUUAGUGUAGAUUAAGAGGGGAAACGAUUAUAUUAUACAUUAAUUUACAUGCCAGUAAAUCCAUUUUUAGAAUUUACGUCUCAGUAGUCAAGAAAGAAUGACAUUAAGUUGUCUGGUUUUGAAAUGGACAAGCAAAGAGCAACUUGUUUAGGGUCAAAGAUCACAUUAGAAUAUCACAGACCAGUGUGGUGUUAUCACAUUCAGGUGCUUGUGAUUACAACCGAAACUGAACUUGUAAGCUGGUUGUUUUUACUAAAAUCUUUUAGUGCCAUGAAGCCGAACCAUAACAUAGUAACAAACAGCCUGCUGGAUUAGACUGGUGGCCUAUCUAGCACAGCAUCACAGUGGCCAACCAGAUGCCUAUGGGAUAUGCACAAGCAGGUUCUGAGUGCAAUAGUACACUCCUCUCUUUGUAGAUUUUAGCAACUGAUAUUCAGAAGCAUGCCACCUGACUGCACAAAAGCUAUAAUAAGAUUAGAAGCUGAGAAGGCUUUAAUCUUCCAACCAGAGCAAGAGGCGGAAAAGCAUUCCCAAUAACCUACUGGUGAGUAAGAAAGAGGAGCUAGAGGAUUCUGGGAUUGGUAAUUCUUCACUUACUUUGGUACCAGAGGUUUGCCUGGUACCUGUGCUACCAAAAUUCAGGAAUUUGGGCCUUCAUGGUUGGAUUUUUUCCCCAUUGCUUUUAGUGUUCCAACUUUCAGUUGCAUGUGGAAGGAUAUUUUCAUUGUUGGUUGAUUGCUAUGAACACUCUUGGUAUUACAGGUUUAUUUUAAAAAUUAUUUAUUGAAUGUAUUUUUACUUUGUCUUUGAGAUUCUCCGGUAAAAAGCAAUGAAUUACCUUGGCAUCACGAACAAACUGCUUGUAUGAGCAGGAAAACACAGGAGCCAGUUUAUCAAAACUGCAUCAGUUUGCAAACUCUAAAAAUGUAAUUGCAAAAAAAUAAUGCAACUAAAUUUUCAACUGGAAACACCUGCCUAACUCAGAAUCUGACUUUGAGCUGCAUCUUAGGAAGUGAGAAUUGUAAGAAGCAAAUGUACUUUGUCAAAGCAAGACCUCUAAAAGCCUUGAGGUUUCCACAAGGUUAUUUCUUCAGUUAAGACUUAAUCAGUACCCUUUACAUGUUACACCAUUUGCAUGGGAGGUUCAUUUUCAUGAAUUCAACAGCCCUGCUGCCAUUUAAAAAUGUUCUUGCUUUGGCAAUCACUAGCCCACAGGACAUAAUGCAAGGGUGUUGCAAAAGCUUCUUACUUAUUUAAACAGCACCCAAGUUCCAGUAUACAACUUUUCCUAAGAGGAAGCUAACAUGUGGCAAAAGAUUUCAUACUUCCCAGCGUACAAUGAAAUAUUUUAUUCAAGAGAAUUUCCCUCAUUGCAGUGAGAUAUUCUUUAAAAAAAGGGAGGGCAAAGAAGUCUUGGGAAUUUACUAGCUCAAAUUUCCAUGUCAUGAAUAAGCAAUUCAAGAACAUGAGAUCCUACAGCUUUUCAAUCUUUUAUCUUUCCUGUGGGCUACCCCACAAAACGUGUUGCACUUUUAUGAGGCAAGAUGCUCGUCAAGUAUCUGGCAGCUCAAACGCUAAAACUGGGUAAGUCCAAAAGCAUCACAAGUAUUUAGGAAUGCAUACCGAUUGCUUCCAACGAAGAUAAAAAUUCAUCUCCUUCACUGAGGCAAAGUUGUCUCCAUGAGGAACAUUUAUUCCUGUGGAACCAAACUUUGAAGCUGCGUUAAGACAGAAGGUAGUCAUGAAACAGCAUCACCACAUAAAUCGUGAGUGGCAAUCCUCAGGCCUGAGGGAGGAAUACAGCCACACACCCCUCCAAGCUUCUCUACUCCACACCAUUGAGACUCCACACCAGCCUCAAGUGCUUUUGUUUCACAGGAGGGAAUCCUUGAAUUGGGAUACUGCCUCUUGCUUAACCAAAUGGAGGGUGGAUGUUUGUGGGGUAACCUGCCUUGCAUAGCCUACUGUACACUGGUGUCCCCCCAUUUUGCCAUUUGGUCCCAAGGUUCCCCUUGGCUAUCAAGGGAUGUGUCAAUUGCUGUUUUUCCUUACAACCACCCUUGAUUAUUACGGCUUUAG